CUACAGCCCUUGACUUUUUCUCAUCACUGUCAUUUUUCUUACUGUCUGGCCCUUCCUAUGCUGCGUGUCGCAAGUCUCGUGCCCUCAGUAUGUUUCGAGCCAGCUUGUCCAGGUUUUCAACUCGAGCCCGCCUCGCCUCUCCGCGACCAUGGGCUAGGCUGCUUCGGCCGCAGCAGAUCCGUGCAUUAGCCACCGUGGACAUUCCCAGUGCACAGGAGCCGACGCAGCUCGACCAAGUAACCACCUUGCCCAAUGGCAUACGGGUGGCCUCCGAAGCCCUCCCGGGCUCCUUUUCCGGCGUUGGCGUUUUCAUCGAGGGCGGAUCGAGAUUCGAGAAUAGUCACUUGACCGGCGUAAGCCACAUCGUGGACCGGCUGGCUUUUCACUCCACCUAUAACAAGAGCGCCGAGGAGAUACAUGAGAUAGCGGCGGAGCUUGGCGGCGGCAUACAAUGUGUCUCCUCGAGAGAAUCCAUGAUGUAUCAAGCCGCCAUCUUCAACUCGGCCGUUCCGAAGGCCACCGAGCUUCUCGCCGACACCAUCCAAAACCCCCUGAUCACGAACGAAGAGAUUGCCGCCGAGCUGAUGACGGCCCAAUACGAGGUCAAUGAGAUCUGGAAGAAGGCGGAGCUUAUCCUGCCUGAGCUGGUGCACAUGGCCGCCUUCAAGGGCAACACCCUGGGCAACCCCUUGCUCUGCCCUAAGGAGCGGAUAUCAGAAAUCAACGGCGCGGCGAUCCGGACGUACCGAGAUACAUUCUACCGCCCGCGGAAGACCGUCGUAGCCUUCGCAGGCAUCCCACACUCCCAGGCUGUGGAUCUAGCGACAGAAUAUUUCGGCGAUAUGAAAGAUCCCCAACAAUCCACAUCACGCGCAGGAUCGGAAACAUCCGUAGACCCGUCGUUGCUAGAUGCGGCCUCGGCCUCCUCCUCCUCGGCGCACUCCUCUGCGUCCUCAGCCUCGGCCUCAAGUUUCAUAUCCAAGAUACCCCUGUUCAAGAACCUGUCCACCUCCGCAAGCCACAAGGCCUCCUUAUGGAGCUCACCAGUAGUCACGCCACCCAGCCUAGAAGAGAUCACCAAGCCGGCUCACUACACCGGUGGUUUCAUUUCGCUGCCUCCUCAGCCUCCUUCCACAAUCCCCAACCAGCAAACCUUCACCCACAUCCACAUCGCCUUCGAAGGAUUGCCUAUUGGUUCGGACGACGUCUAUGCGCUAGCGACGAUAAACACCCUCCUCGGCGGGGGCGGGUCUUUCUCCGCCGGCGGACCCGGAAAGGGUAUGUUUUCCAGGCUGUAUACCAACGUCCUCAAUCAGCAUGCUUGGGUAGAGUCCUGCGUCGCCUUCAACCAUUCCUACACCGAUUCCGGGCUCUUCGGGAUCUCCGCCCAGUGCAUGCCGGGCCGCACCCAACAUAUGCUCGACUCCAUAUGCCAGGAAUUGAGAGCGCUCACCGUGCAUACGGGCUUCUCCCGCCUCGGCCAUGCCGAGGUCAGCCGCGCCAAGAACCAGCUCCGCUCCAGCCUGCUGAUGAACCUGGAGAGCCGGACGGUCGAGCUCGAGGAUCUGGGCCGACAGGUGCAGGUGCACGGCCGCAAGGUGCCGAUCCAGGAGAUGUGCCAGAAGAUCGAGGCGCUCUCGAUCGAGGACCUCCGCAGGGUGGCUACGAUGGUCGUCGGAGGGCAGGUCCGGAACAAGGGCCUGGGGAGCGGGGCCCCGACCGUGGUUCUGCACGAGGCGCUGGACCCGUUCAGCUCGUCGAAGCCGAUAACGUGGGAGGAGAUACAGGAUCGGAUAUACAGAUGGGGGUUAGGGAAAAGGUAAAACGACGGGUCACAUCGUGGCCCUACCCCUCCUCCUUCCUCCCUCUUCUCCCUGGGA